AUGGGAAGGAAGCGCAAGAACGCUGAGCGGACCGAGACCUCCAACGAACCUCCAUUAAAGAGGCGGCCCUCAACAACGCCUUUGCCUGAUGGUGUUCAUCAUUACCAGAAUAUCGAUGAAGUUCCGUGGGACAUUCAGAAGUAUUGGCAUCAGGGCUACUCAAUAUUUUCAAAGUAUGAUGACGGCGUCUGGAUGACUGACGGCUCAUGGUAUGAAGUCACCCACGAGUCGGUCGCAAAUACUAUUGCACAACACAUGGCAGAAGCUGCGCCAGCGGGGAAAUCAAUCAUCUUCGAUGUCAUGUGUGGCGUAGGGGGAAAUACAAUUGCAUUUGCUCUUUCCGGGAAAUGGAAACGGGUCUACGCGAUUGAGAAGGAUGCUGCCACUCUAGCCUGCGCGAAGCACAAUGCCGAGAUAUAUGGCGUUGCUGAUCGAAUCACCUGGUUUCAUGGGGACUGUUUCGAGAUUCUAGGUUUGGAUGAGUCCAAGAAAGCGAAUACUGUGGAGGCGCUUAAGGCGAUCGCGGCCAAUUAUGGUGUCAUUUUUGCCAGUCCCCCUUGGGGAGGUCCCGGAUACCGAGAAGCGGAAGUCUUCGACCUCGACACCAUGCAGCCAUAUUCUUUCGGCUAUCUCUACGAAUCCCUCAAGAAGCUGACGCCUAAUGUGGUACUCUACCUGCCGAGAACUAGUGACCUGCGGCAAAUCGCGAAAGUUGUUGGAGAGGACAAGAAGACUCAAAUUGUGCAUUAUUGCACCAAGGGCAGUAGCCGGGCCUUGUGUGCAUACCUGGGUGACUGGGGAUCGCUGAAAUUGGGAGACUUGUGA